CGUUCUGAAGAACGAUACUCACAUUUGGAAGCCCGCGUCGCGACGGACAGGCUGAUCGUCUCACCACCGAGAAGAUGAUGGGAUUCACCAGAAGUUACCUCGUGAGCCUGUUUCUCUAUAUCUCCAUCGUCAACGAGAUUCGCCAGCCUGCGGUAACAUGCCAGGACGAAGAAGGCAGCCAAUGCAUACCAAAGAAGAUCUUCCUAGCGUUGCUGCGUUUACCGGAAGUCAGCUCGAAUCUGGCGGCGUAUUCGAGGACGGCGAGGAUUAUUCAAGAGACCAAGAAUCAUAACGACAUGGCCCAUUUGAAAGCACUCAGUUCCGAGGAGAACGACGAUGCUGAGAUCUGUAUACCCAGUAGCGUCUAUCUAGAGCUCUUCAGAGAUCCGGCGUUACGUGGACAUCUCAGCGUCAUGGCGCGUACUCACAAGCUACCCGAAUUUCCCGGACGUCUUCUGGACGAGGAGAUUGAUUCGCGGGAUCUGAUUCCCGAAUCGGAAAAACGCAGCCUCGCUACUUUGGCCAAGAAUGAUGACUUGCCGGUUACCAUACAGGAACGUGACGACGACGGAGAUGGAGACGACGAUGAGAAGAGAAGCAUCGUUCCUAGGCACGAUACGGACGAGAUAAUGCGCUCAUUAUGGGAUGAUGAGUAUCGCCGACGAAUGUCCGGGCUCUACGACUAUCUGGCCGAUCUGGACCCGGAAGUGGACGAGUACCCGUUGGACAAACGUAACGUCGGCUCUCUGGCGCGAGACUUCGCAUUACCCACGGGCAGACGUCACAUCGGCUCGGUGGCUCGAGAUUACGGUUUGCCGAGUGGCAAGAGGAACAUCGGCUCCUUGGCCAGGCAGAGGAUGCUGCCUUUGGGCGGCAAGAGGAACGUCGCUUCUCUGGCAAGAUACUCCAAUCUACCGCAGACCGGUAAGAGGAACGUCGCCGCGCUGGCCAGAGACUCCUCCCUGCCCUAUGGCAAGCGAUAUCUCGGUUCGCUGGUCCGAAACGGCUAUCCGGUCCGCGUAUACGACGACAGCAAGCGCAACGUCGCCUCGUUGGCCAGGAACGCUGACUGGCCCGAUUUCAUGAAGCGAGGCGGCUCCGCACCAGGCAGAAUGAUGGUCCGAGUGCUCAACCGUCACGGGAGGUCCCUGAGCGAUGAUCACGAGACGCGCAGCGAUCCCUUGGACCUUCAGCAGCUUAUCAGGCAGGGCCACGACAACGGGAACGAUGCCAAGGCGAACGUUGCCGGCAACUGGCAACUCGCGCCCUUCAUCGUCGCGGAGGAGCUCGACGAGAGCAAGGCGAAGAACAGGUCGAACAGGAGGAUCGAUGCCGCAACUUCGCAAACGAGACACAAACGACAGAUCGACUUUACCGAUGAGUACGCGCUGCCCGUCGUGCAGAACACCAACAUGCUCGACUACGAGGACAUGCUCGAGGCGCUUGCCGAUCAUUACCCGAACGCGGAGAAGAGGUUCAUGGGUUCCGCGCCGGAGGUGCCGGCCGUCUCGGGCUACCCUGAAGUAUUGCAACUGAGUAAGAGACAUAUCGGGGCCCUCGCACGCCUCGGCUGGCUCCCGUCGUUCCGUGCACCACGAUUCUCUCGGUCACCGCGAUAUCUGGUCGAAAGGGAGGAUCCCGCAGAUGGGUCCUCGUCCAACUACACCCCCAACGCGUCGUCUCGGUCGCUAAGGCCGAUCUUCAUCCCGGAUACCCGCUACCUGCAGUUCCUACACGGAGAUUGUCGACAUGGCUUCAAGAGGUUCCUGUUACCGGACAUCGAUAACUACCUGCGGACGUCGAACUCCCGCAUCGCGUCCCGUUCCAUGUAAAAGCCCUCGUCUUUCGCAGCUCGUCCAUGGUGACGACGCCGUACAAAUUACAUAACAUCGGAUUCACACGUUUUGUUAAGCGAACAAACUCGAGGAAAGUGAGGGGAAACGGAUGUAAAUAUUCGGAUCUUGAAUUUGACGUUCUUCCUUACUGGCCACUGAUCAUCCCUUGUCAACGGUAGAUAUAUCUACAAAUAUACAAUGCAUCUCGAUCGUCAAUGAUCUCUCGAGUAAUGAUCUAUCAGCAAAUAAUAAUAAUAAUAAAAUAAAGAAUAAAUUAUUAAUAAUGAUAUUUAAAAAAACUGAAAAACUGAAAAAAAUUGAAAUUAGUCAAAAUUAGAAACGGAAGUGAGGAAGUCCGUCACGCAAUUUAAUCAGCGGCUAGUCCACACUCAUUGACAGGGAUUGAUCUUGUCGUAAGAUUCAUGGAUGGACAAUAAGCCUACUGCUCGCCGACAAUAAUAGUUUCACAUAAUUCUAAUGUGACGCCUUAAAUGUGCCGUCUGUGUCGAACAGAUUUUAAAUCAAGUUAUUCAAGAAAAACGCGUACGUCUGAAAAAAGAGGUUUCAAUUUGCAGACAGAUUUUUCUCACUCAAAAAUAAAAAAAAAAACAAAAAACAAAAAAAUAACAGAAAAUCUUUUUCCUCCGCAGUUUUACAAGUGUCUGGAUGUUACGUAAAAGAACUUUGUCGUCGAUAGUCUCUAAAUUUACGAAUCUCUGUAAGUGCACGCACGUUUCACUUGACAUUUGUAUCUUCUUCUAAUGUUCUUCUAAUGUAUAGCAAACAUAUAUGCCGCGUAACUUUUGUAAUUUGUAUUUUCCGAAGCAGGGCGAGAAAUAUCCUUGAUCGACGAUAUAACAAUAGUAUAACGACGAUCGAUUGGCUCACGGUUUGCGAGCGAUUUGGCAUUGGUCUCCGAUCAUUAACGCCACUAAAUAUCGAUAUCAUUGAUAAAUCACUUUCUCGGACAGUUGUCUCGGAGCAUUAUCUCGCAAAUGUUUUUCUUUUCUUCAUUGCGCGUCGUUUGUAACGAUAUGAACGUACGAAGAGAGGACGAGAGGCUAAUUUGGCCGUUAGUUUAACGAUAAAUCAUCGCGAGUUCGAAAUAUUUUAUUCCGCGGCCGGUUUCUCAUUUAAACGAGCGCAGUCGCGAGGGAGGCUGUGCUUUGAUGAUUAUUACUUAGGGCUUCACUGAUAAAUCAUCGCGAGUUCGAAAUAUUUUACGCGCCGACGUUCACGUGCGACUGUGGCAAACCGCAAAAUCGCAAAAAGAGAAUAAAAAUUUCGCGCGCGUCAAUUCGGCGAAUAUCACUUGACGAAAACGUAAAUUGUCAAAGUAUUAAAAAAAAAAAUAUUACGUUACUCGCAGAAAGUGUAGCUCGCAAUUGUGAAACGCGAUACAAUAUCGACGUUCACAUUAACUGAUCGAGAAAGGCGUUUUCGUUAUUCUCCAGAUAUUUCUCACCAUGUUGCGAUCAGUACUUUUCCUCGUCGUGUGUGAUUUUAGAUACUUGUGGUGUUAGGAACCAGAUGCAACGAAUUAUAUUUAUUAUAUUUGUUAGUUGCUUAAAAAAACGUAUUCGCUUAAGCAUUUUAAAGGUAACUAUUGCUUCAUCGGCAGAAUGAAGUGACUUCCAGUUCUUUUCAUACAGUUUUGAGGAGUUUACUUGGAAAGAGAUUUACGAAAAAUGUAAAGUGUAACUGUAUGUUUCUUUAUUUUUUUUGUUGUUUAUAGAACAAGAUCGUAAAUUUUUUCAAUAUAUUUGACUUAACAAUUUCCACUUUUACAAGUGACAUUAUUACACGACUAUCCUUCUUACGAUGAAUUGAAUACUAAGAACGUUGCAGUCGCAAAAGCGUUCAAAGACUUUAAAACGGGAAACAAGGGGAGUGGCAUUUUCAUAAACUUAAAUAUAGAGCAGCAUUUUUCGCGGCCACCCUCGUCCCUCGUCUACAAACGUUGUCAUUUCUGUCAUUUUCCUGAAAUCCUAUGAUUCCAACCGUGAGAAUCUCGAUCGUUCGCGCGCGCGCACGCACACACACACGCACACACGCACACACACACACACACACACACACACACACACACACACACACACACACGCACACACGCACACGCACACGCACACGCACACGCACACGCACACACACACACACACACACACACACACACACACACACAUACACGCGCGUAAGAUCGAUGAAGCCAGAAAAUAAUCUCCGUGAGCGUAGUAAACCAUGUACUGUGUAAAUGCCAGAUUAGUGCUCAGAGUUUGCGAGCUCGAUGGCGAUAACGCGAAUUCGGUUUCAUCCUAGUCUCUCCAUUGUAUCUCAUUUAAAUAUUGUUAGAAACGUCGUUGUGUAACAUGUAUGUGGUACUGCACGCGUAUACAAUCGAAAUACGCUCGAUGUCACGGCAUAUCAUCGGUCUAUCAUUGUGGAUGACGUGUAAGUCUCUGUCUCGACUUCUCUUUAACUUUACGACUUAAAGUACUAUGUGUUUGUCUAGACAAUAAUGGAUAACCGAAGUGACAAUAAAACGAUAAUAAUAUUGAAGUAAUAAACACGAAUUUCAUUGCGCAAA